GGAACAAGGUGUUGUAGGCACGACCUUACUUGAACAGGAUCUGUUCUAUAGGCUCGUACCUCUGUGUCCUUGAGUAUCAAGGAGACAAGAUCCGCAGCUUGGUUGAUGAUUUAUGACCAGGUGAUCAGAGCGUGAUUAUUGGCUGGGUCGUCCAUCUUCAUGGCUCAACUUAGCCGCAGAGGAUCGUUCCCAGGCAGUUCUACUGUGUGGGAUGGUCAUUUGGUUGUCUGACAAGCUCCCAAAAUUUUUUUCCGUUCAAUCCUUAAUCCCGCGGAUAAAAAUUAUUUCGGUUUAGGGUUUAGGAAUUUUCCCAAACAUCUAGUCUCGUAUCCAUCGUGCGUUACAAACCAGCGGCAUCAUAUAUUUUAUUGCAUAUCGAUCUCCUGUUUCCUACUCGCUACCGAUCUUAGGAAAUCUCGAUCACGAGCGAUUUCAGACUGAUCUUGGAUUUGGAAUCGAUGCUUCCUGGUUCUGUGUCUCGAUAGCUACCUCCAACUUCCCUGGAAGAACUUAAAAGAUGGAUGAUCGGAAGAGGAAAGGCUACGCAUGGGCAAUAUCAGCGGGAUUUUGUGCUGCUAUGGCGGCCAUUUCUGCAAAGCUCUCCGUUUUGCAGUUUCUUAGGUAUGGGCUGGUUGUAGCAUUCAAUGUGGUGAUGUGGGCUUGUUAUGUCAACAGUCUCAAGGCUCUUUCAUCCCUGCAAGCAACCGUGACAAACUUUGCUACCAAUUUCAUCUCUUCUGGUUUAGCUGGAUUCUUCUUGUUUCAGGAACCAGUAUCCUGUAAGUGGGUUGCAGGGGCCUUGCUUAUUGUGAUUGGUGUAGUCAUACUAAGCAAGUCGGAGAAGGUCCAAGCUGACUAGAUUUUAUCAUUCUGCGCAAUUCUUCCUCCCUUGACAUUAUCUGACAAGAUGUAUAAUAUUUCAUUGGAAGUCAAUGCCAUAAAACAAUACGAAAUGCGAGGACAAGUUGGUUUAUAUGUUCUGCAAGAUAGGCUGCCCCUCAGAAUCAGAUUGCUUGGAUUCCAGAUGAAGAUGCUGCAUUCUUAGCCUUGAACAAACCUUGAGACUAGAUUGAUUCACAUUGUCUGUGAAGGUCAAGGUGAUUGGAGAAGCCUGCAGAUUAUUUAUAGAGAAUGCAGCAUAUUGUAAAAUUAGAGGGCGGAAAAAGUAUUUCAAAAGCCCCAGCACGUUUAACCUCUUUAUAUUUGGAUCACUUUCACUUUUAAUUCCCAAAAUUAACUCAUUUGUUGAUCAAGUCUAAAAUGUUUGGUUUACCUUC